AUGACAGCAGACGUCUGGCUUCAGACGCUCGUUGGCGACGAGCUUCUCUUACGCAACUGGUGUGAAAGGGAUCGAAACACGACUGGUGAAUUAAUUGCUCGCGUACUUUCCGAGUACGGUCUGGUGUGGGAACCCAACGGAGCCGACGCUGACGUCUUACGCGUCGAGCAGGAAUACUUUGGCGCCGGCGGAGAGUUCUUCGUCUUGGAGCAUAAGCCUACCGCACAGAUUGUAGGUUCUGUCGGCUGGUAUCCACUGCCUCCCGAGACAAACGCGCCACUGCGGGCGGAGCUUCGCAAAAUGUACCUUGAGCGCUCUUUUCGUGGAAGAGGGUUGGGUCGUCUGCUGUUGGCCUUUGCAGAGGCACGUAUUCGCCAGACGAGCUGCGCUCCCUGGCAAGUGAUCCUCGAGUCCGCAUCAGUGCUCGAACGUGCCUGCGCACUAUACCGCCGCUCGGGGUACACCGACCUGGCGGCGGCGACGAAUCAAACCAAGCGAUGCGACGUGGUGCUGACAAAGUGGAUCGCUCCGCUUGCUCCUCUCUGUGGCGGGCCAGCGAGCCAUAGCCAUGCACCACGGCAUGAAGCCGAUAACCAGAACUGUUUGGCAUGCGGAGAGCAUGUCGACACUUGGACGCAUUCGUGUUCUGCUGUGCACUUCGCCAUUGCCAGCUGCGCGACGGCAACGUUCGGUUCGAUAGUGGCGUGGUUACCCUUAUCCUUGCGAGCGCCUGUGCCGACUUUGUGGCGAGUGACACUCUGGCUCGUCCAAAAACAGAACGCAGACGUCUCCUCUGCACAAUACAUGUGGAUGCGUGCGUCGAAUAGCGCUUCGAGUCGAGCGUCGCCGAAUCUUUCAUGGCAUUUUCUAUACUGCACGCCGUGGUACACGAUGAUGGAUGGAAACGGUGCUCAUGGCGCAUGUGCUUGUGACUGGGCGUGUGCUUGUUGUGCUUGUGGUGGCAGGUGCUGCUCGCCGUUGCCUCCGAGCUUGCGGUGCGGUGCGAAUCCGCAGCUCGCUUUUCGGCAGGUGCUUGUACCGGGACCCGCGUCUGCGCAAGUGCUUCUUCUCCCAGGGCCGCAGCAUCAAUCGCUCGUUGCUGAUCUGUGUUUGUUGCGUCUCCGUGACGUAAAGCAGCAGCGCUUUUCAGACGAUGAAGCGAUGGCUGCCGCAGAAUAUCUCUGGUGCAGGUGGGACGAACUCGCUCAGCGCAUCGCUGAAUGCGAUCCACCGAUGCGAGCGUUCCUUCAACAGGUCUGGCGUAUACUGGACACAGUUCGCUGUUCGUUUGAGCCCGUGCGAUAA